ACGGUCUACCUGGUUCGUGUGAUUUUGAGCACGAUUUCUGUUCCUGGAAGAACGUGUAUACUGAUGAUAUGGAUUGGGUUGAAAACAAUGGAGUUACUGGUACCUGGAACACAGGUCCCAUUAGUGAUCACACUCUAGGCACCCCGGAAGGAACUUACUUCUACAUGGAGGCGUCCAGUAUUCCACAAGGUUCUAUUGCCACUGUUUACAGUGAACCAUUUGGAAUGAGCGAUACUGACAUGUGUAUCAACUUCUGGUAUCAUAUGUAUGGAGGUGGAAUUGGUACACUUACAGUACAACAAUUAUUAUCGAAUGGUGACGUCAUUGAUUUGUGGACUAUGAGUGGUAACCAAGGUAACCAGUGGAUGCCUGGGAGAGUUGGAUUUUAUCAAACACAGGAUUAUUAUUUAAUCUUUAAUGCAACAAGAGGCAAUGGUCCAUCUGGUGAUAUCUGUAUUGAUGAUAUUACUAUGACCAGAGGAUACUGUUCAC